AUGUGUUACUUUGACCACAUUCGAUGGAGCUGCGGUUAUUGGAAAUGGGGCAACUUCCGGCAACAAUGCACCAAGGAGUACCGGACGGGGGAAACAUGCGGGCUAAAGCUCGUCUACGACACCGACUAUUUACCCAACCAGUGCAGAAUCUGCGACAACGUCCAUAAAAAAACCCGCCGUUACUACAAGAUGGCAGCCGACGUCGAGCGCUGGCGCCACGAGGGAGGUCGAACAGCAACUAUCGAGAAGACCGAGGACGAUAUGGAUGAGUUGUCAAGACAAAUCGCCAACCUCAACGCGGAACAUGCUACGAGAGUGAGUAGCGUGUCGUAG